AUGCCCAUAACUAAGGCAUAUUAAUCACCAAAACCAAUUGUCCCAAACCCAAAUUCCCAAACUGCAAUCCCUAGAUUUAGGGUACGCCAAUUUCACAUCUUCCCUUUGAAUCCAACUUACCUUUUUUUUUCUCUUAGCCCUACUCACACCCCACAUUUCCAUUUCUUUGUCUUUCCUUACCUUAUUUUCUCUUCAAAUCCGUAGAAACCAAUUUCUUGCCAAAAAAAAAAAAGUAAAAACACUCUCAACCAAAUACGUCACCACCGAACCAAACACAACUUCACGCGCACAAAAAAAACAAAAACACAAAAAAAGGCCUCAUUCAGUUUUCACUUCCCUCCUCUCCAAAUUCCAAUUCCAAAUCCCUUCUCCACUCCUCAUUCCCUUUGAUUCAUUCACUUCUUCCUUCCUUUACCAAAAUCCCAAACCCUAAUUCUCUCUCAAAAGUGUUUUAGUUUUGUUGAGUUUACUUCCAAAAGGACUAAAACUGCUUUUGGUUUUUUUUUGUUUUAGUUUUUUUUUUUUUUUUCGUUUUGUUUUGUUUUUGUGUUUAUGUACUGAAAGUCUGAAUCCCCAAACCAAACAUUGUAGAAAUUCUAGGGUUUACUUCAAAUGCUCUGAAGAAUCACUGUUUGUUCUUCUCUCUCUCUCUCUGCACACAAACAGUAGCAAUGUCAGAGGACAUGCUUCUACAUUUCUCUUCCAACUCUUCCAACCAGUCCGACCAGUCCUUGCCCACUAAAAUGGCCAAACUCGAGGCUCGAAUGAUCGGCAAAGCUUCCUCUGCCCCGCAGCCUCAGCAGCAGCAGCAACAACCGGUUCUGCCGCCACAGCAACAGCAGCAGCAGCCCGCUUGGCAGUCUGUUUCUUCUGCAGCAACUGCGAAAUUCGGAGGAGGAAUUGACGGCUUGGCCGCCUCGUUGAGUUCGAGUGAUUCCGACGACGACGAUAAUGGAGGGGAGUUUCUAAUACUAGCCAACACACAAAAGCGCCAAAAACUCAAAGAAGACGAUGAUUCAAAUGUUUUUGAACGUGUUGAGAAUGGAGGAAAGUUUCUAAUACAAGCGAACACUCAAAAGCACCGUAAACUUCAAGAAGAUGAUAACUCAACUGUUUUUGAAAAUGUUGAGGCAAUGGGUGAUGGGAGGCAAAUGGUUGUUGAAAAUGUGGAGUCCAAGGCCAAUUCUGAUUUAAAUAGAAAAAAACAAGGUCGUGGAAGGGGGCACUCUGUUUCAGGUCGGGGGCGUGGUUCUAGAGCUAAUGAUCAGACAAAAUCACAGAUUUCUUCUUCAACUUGUUCACCUUCAAAUGGUCAGCUUGAGAACUCAUAUCAUAAGCAGGAUGGCAAGCCGAAAGAGCAGUUUUGGAGUGAGAAUCGCUCUCCAUUAGAGGAGGAGGUUGCAUCUUUACGAGCAAAAGUUGCAGCGCUAGAGGAGGAAUUGCGUAAAUCACAUCAAGAGGCUACUGAUUAUCAAAAUCUUUGCCGCCAGUUAGAAAAGGAAUUGAAGGACCUCAAAGAUCACGAACAGCAAAUGAAGCCCAAGAGAAUCAAAAUAAUAUCUGAUCUACUGAUAUCUGUUUCAAAAGCUGAGAGACAAGAAGCUAGGAUGAAGGUACGGCAGGACUCUUUGAGACUUGGCAAUGUGGGUGUAAUCAGAGCUGGAACUGUCAUAUCGGAGACAUGGGAAGAAGGGCAAGUGUUAAAAGAUCUUAACUCUCAUCUUAGACACUUACUUGAAGCUAAGGAGGCUAUUGAGCGGCAGCGGAAAUCAUUGAAGAAAAGACAGUCUGAUAAGGGAGACACGGUUGAUACUGAAACUGGAAUACAAGAAGAAGAUUUUCUCAUCCAAGACGAGAUCUAUAAAUCCCGUAUAGCCAGCAUCAAACGUGAGGAGGAAGUUAUAAUUCGUGAGAGGGAUCGCUAUGAACUGGAGAAGGGAAGGCUCAUACGUGAAAUGAAACGCAUAAGAGAUGAGGAUGGUUCUCGUUUUAAUAACUUUCAGAUUCUUAACCAUAGAUAUGCCCUUCUAAACCUUCUUGGGAAGGGAGGAUUCAGCGAGGUUUACAAGCAGGCUUACGACUUGGUAGAGCAUAGAUACGUUGCAUGUAAGCUUCAUGGUUUGAAUGCUCAGUGGAGUGAAGAGAAGAAGCAAAGUUACAUACGACAUGCAAUACGGGAGUACAAUAUUCACAAGACGCUGGUGCAUCAUCAUAUUGUUAGGCUUUGGGACAUUUUUGAGAUUGAUCAGAAUACAUUCUGCACCAUCUUAGAGUACUGUAGUGGGAAAGAUCUUGAUGCUGUUCUUAAAGCAACACCUGUUUUACCUGAGAGGGAAGCUAGGAUAAUUAUUGUACAGAUAUUUCAAGGCCUUGUAUACUUGAACAAAAGAACACAGAAAAUUAUCCAUUAUGAUUUGAAGCCUGGAAAUGUUCUAUUUGAUGAGCUUGGUGUUGCAAAAGUGACUGAUUUUGGUCUUAGCAAGAUUGUGGAAGAAGAUGUUGGAUCCCAGGGUAUGGAACUUACAUCACAGGGAGCUGGAACAUAUUGGUAUUUGCCUCCCGAGUGCUUUGAGCUCAGCAAGACACCUCUCAUAUCAUCGAAGGUUGAUGUUUGGUCUGCUGGAAUUCUGUUUUACCAAAUGCUUUUUGGCAGACGUCCUUUUGGGCACGACCAGACACAAGAACGGAUACUACGUGAAGACACAAUUAUCAAAGCAAGGAAAGUUGAAUUCCCUUCUAGACCUGCUGUUUCAAAUGAGGCAAAGGAAUUAAUUCGUCGAUGUCUAACAUAUAACCAAGCUGACAGGCCAGAUGUUUUAGCUAUUGCGCAAGAUCCGUAUCUCACAUACUCAAAGAAGUAAUACUGUAUAGUCACAGAUAAAGGGGCCGAAGAGCAGGAAGUUACAAUGCCUCCUCCUUUGUUCAACGUUGAACAGAGCAAUACCUGUAUGGAAUUUUGUAUAGCUUACAUAGGUUUAGUCAUUACCAGAUACUGGCUUUGUAGCUGAUGGGUUCUCUCCCCUGCUCCAAUAGGUGUGGUGUCUGGGGUUUUUGUGGUCUUGACCCUGUGAAUUGUGAUUUGAUUUGAUUAGGGUACAGGGUUAUAACAUUUCAUUUGUUGUAAUUUUUCUGCUCUUUGCUUAAA